CUGCGCCUCUACUUUGAGCAUUAGGUCAGUUCUGCAGGAGGUUCUGUACGUGGCAGCGUCUAAAAUCCCUCUAAGUCCUGUCCAUAACGCCAGAGUUUUUGGUGUUACUGUGUAUUGACACCGUGCAGUGGAGUUCCUCUUCAAAGUUCGUAAAAAAAUAAGGGAGGCGAAAUGGUGAGAUUGCUUUCUGCCUUUUGCUGGGCUCUGCUCUCCUGCUACUGCUCCAUGACACAGGCAGAGAUUUUCACUUCUAUAGGUCAAAUGACAGACUUGGUCUACACAGAAAAAGAGCUGGUCCAGUCUCUGAGGGAGUAUAUAAAAGCAGAGGAGUCCAAAUUGGCUGCAAUUAAGAGCUGGGCCAACAAACUGGACACUCUGACCAGAAUGUCCACAUCUGAUCCAGAGGGAUAUCUGGCCCAUCCAGUCAAUGCUUACAAACUGAUGAAGAGACUCAAUACAGAGUGGUCUGAAGUGGAGAGUCUGGUGCUUCAGAACCCUUCUGAUGGAUUCAUUUCCAACAUGUCCAUGCACAGACAGUACUUCCCAGAUAAGGAAGAUGAAACAGGUGCAGCCAAGGCAUUGAUGCGUCUUCAGGACACGUACCAACUGGAUUCUGAAGCCUUCUCACGGGGGAAGCUGCCAGGCGUACACUCCAGUGCCAUGUUAACAGUUGACGACUGCUUUGAUAUGGGGAAAACAGCCUACAACGAAGCUGAUUAUUAUCACGCUGUGCUGUGGAUGCAGCAGUCCUUAAAGCAGCUGGAUGCUGGCGAGGAUUCUGUGGUUUCCAAGGCGGAUAUUUUGGAUUACCUCAGCUACUCUGUUUACCAAAUGGGUGACCUGCCUCGAGCCAUUGAGCUGACCAGACGGCUGGUGGCAGUAGAUUCCAGCCAUGACAGGGCAGGAGGAAACCUUCGCUAUUAUGAACGGUUACUGUCCAAGCAGCUCACAGAACAGAACCAGUCUUACCAGCCUGCAUCUGAAGAACCCAUUCAGCUGGGAACUUACUCCAGACCCCAAGACCACCUCCCUGAGAGAGAGAUCUAUGAAGCUCUGUGCAGAGGAGAGGGUGUCCAACUGACCGAAGCCAGGCGCAGUCGCUUGUCCUGUCGCUACAGGGACGGGAACCAUAAUCCUCUUCUCUUGCUCAGGAAGGAGGAGGAUGAGUGGGACAGUCCCCGCAUUGUACGCUACCUUAGCUUCCUUUCAGAUGAGGAGAUAGAAACAAUAAAGGAACUGGCUAAACCCAGGCUUGCCAGGGCUACUGUUCGUGAUCCUAAAACGGGAGUCCUGACCACAGCUAACUACAGGGUGUCUAAAAGUGCAUGGUUAGAGGGAGAAGACGAUCCUGUCAUUGCCAGAGUCAAUCAGAGAAUACAGGACCUAACAGGACUCACAGUCGAAACUGCAGAGUUACUACAAGUUGCAAAUUACGGAGUUGGAGGACAGUAUGAGCCACAUUUUGACUUUUCCAGGCGUCCAUUUGACAGCAACCUCAAGAAAGAUGAGCCAGAUGCCUUCAAAAGAUUAGGCACUGGAAAUCGUAUGGCAACUUUGUUGAACUACAUGAGUGACGUUGAGGCAGGGGGCGCUACUGUCUUCCCUGACUUUGGAGCAGCAAUCAGACCCAGAAAGGGGACAGCAGUUUUUUGGUACAACCUAUUCAGAAGUGGGGAGGGAGACUAUCGAACAAGACAUGCAGCCUGUCCAGUCUUAGUAGGAAGUAAAUGGGUGUCAAACAAGUGGAUUCAUGAGAGAGGACAAGAGUUCUUGAGACCGUGUGGCCUGACAGAAGUGGACUGAACACCAGUGAAAAGUCAAACAUACAAAAUCCCCAUGGUCUUAAAUCUAUUUCACUAGUUUACCUUUUAACAUUCUACAACACUCCAGUUACUGCUCACUUCCUCUGCAGUCUGCACAAUUAAGAUCUGGUUCAUUUUUCCUUUUCUUUUUUGUCUUUUUUUUUUAAUGUGCAUCUCAGCUAUUAGUCUUACUAUUUCCACGCUAUCUUCUUAAUAAGUAUGACAAAAUAUCGACUGUGAAGAUUCUCUCAUUUAAACAAAAAGAAUUUUGGCAAGGUGAUUAGAGAUUGUAGUUUUUAAGAUUAUUAAAUAGAUGAUCAUCAUUUUGGUUAUCAGGACAAAAUGCUCAGAAAAUCUGACCUUACCCUUAUUUUUUUUACUAGUUUGUUGGGUUUUUUUUUAAAUUAAUCCACAGUGCUGAAUUCAUAUGUUUAAAUGCAUUCUCCAGACAUGAGAUUAAAUUGUUCAAAACAUCUCCAGAACAUUUCUAUUUAUAUAGUGUUUAAAUUAUUAUGUUGUCACGUUGUGUGCUGUCUACCGGAUGGCAACAUGGUCAAUAAACAAUGACUUGUCAUAAA